AUGUGGAACACGUUUAUUUUAUUAUUGCAUAUUCUCCCGAACGUCUGCGGUUUGGUGCUGAACGGUGUUCUAUUCGUGAUCGCUCGCUACUACAGUCCUCUUGCCAUUCGAAAGUACUCGUUGCUGAUAAUAAACUUUGCCGUUUGUGACUUUCUUGCAUGUCUCUCGUCACUGGCGGUAUGUCAAAGCGCGAAAGUCAUGAAAAAUCUUGCCAACUCGGACUUGUUUUGCUUUGUCUUCAGAAUCAUUCCCGCUGGAAAAUCCUUAUUCUACUUUUCCGAAGGCUUCUGUCAGUACUUCGGCGCUCGCUUCUGCUAUAUCAGCUACAGCGUCCUUCUUCAUCUCUAUGCCCAUUCGCUCUACAGUAUGCUGUUGUCGUUCUACUUUCGUUACUACGUGCUGAUUCAUCGAGCACCGUCUGGGAAUGUUAUUAAACUAACUAUUCUGUUCAUCUACAUACCUUCGUUUGUUCAAAUGGUAAAAAUUUUUGCCGAUUUUCACCAUAAUAGGGCGCUAAAAAAAGUUAGUGAAAUGAAUGCGUCGUUUUCUUGUUCAACAAUCGCGAGAUUUUUAAACAGCAUACAUUUACUUCCACAGAGAAACACAAUGCAAUACAACACCAGCUGA